AUGUCCAACCGAAAUCUAUCAACCGCGGAAGCAAAGGCACACGAUUUUCUCGAUUUCCUCAAUGCUUCACCUGGUCCCUACCAUGCAGUACACUCUGCCAUUCAACGACUUUCCAAAGCGGGCUUCACAGAGAUUAAGGAGCGAGAUAACUGGUCUACAAGUCUACAACCCGGAGGAAAGUAUUACCUUACCAGAAAUGCUUCUUCGAUCGUCGCUUUCGCCAUCGGUAAGAAAUGGAAGGCCGGUAACCCAAUUGCCAUGAUUGGUGCUCACACCGAUUCUCCUACCUUACGUAUCAAGCCGGUAUCCAAGAAACAAGCUUCUGGAUUUAUACAAGUGGGUGUGGAGACAUAUGGAGGUGGCAUCUGGACAUCGUGGUUCGAUAGAGAUUUGAGCAUAGCAGGUAGAGCCAUGGUUAAAGAUGGAGAUGGAAAUUUUGUACAAAAACUUGUCAAGAUCGAUCGACCAAUCCUCCGCAUUCCUACUCUGGCCAUUCAUCUCAAUCGCGCCACAAGCUUCGAUCCGAAUAAAGAGACUGAAUUGUUCCCAAUUGCCGGUCUUGUAGCUGCCGAGUUGAAUCGUACAGGAGCGAGCGAGAACGGGCCGACUCCAUCAGAGGAGAAUAAGGAUUCUGAUGAAUACAAACCCUUGCAAGCGAUGACCACUCGUCAUCAUCCAUAUAUUGUCGAACUCAUUGCGAAGAACGUAGGCGUUGGUAUCGAUGAUAUCGUUGACUUUGAAAUGAUCUUAUACGAUACACAAAAAGCUUGUUUGGGUGGGUUGAACAAUGAACUCAUCUAUUCGGGCAGAUUGGACAAUUUGGGCAUGACCUACUGCAGCGUUGAAGGACUUAUCGAGUCUGUAAAGGAUUCUGCUGCGUUAGAUAAUGAAUCAUCAAUCAGACUAAUCACCUGUUUCGAUCACGAAGAAAUUGGUAGUACAUCCGCGCACGGAGCAGCCUCUAACCUUCUCCCCGCCGUCCUCAGACGUCUCUCCGUGAUCCCCGCUUCCACUGCCGGUCCCGGCUCAUCAUCAUCCUACGACAUGGUUCAUCGUGUGUCAGAUGUCGAAAUCGCAACAGCCUACGAGCAAACCCUCGCCUCUUCUUUCCUAAUUUCUGCAGAUAUGGCUCACUCCAUCCAUCCUAACUACGCACAAAAAUAUGAACAAGACCAUCGUCCUGAAAUGAACAAAGGAACAGUCAUUAAAAUCAACGCAAAUCAACGCUAUGCCACCAAUUCCCCUGGUAUAGUCCUUCUUCAAGAAGUUGCACGCAAGGCCAAACCUUCCGCAGAUUCCAAAGAGGGAAAGAAUGGUGUACCACUCCAACUCUUCGUGGUUAGAAAUGAUAGCAGUUGUGGAAGUACCAUUGGACCUAUGUUGAGCGCAGCGCUCGGAACCAGAACCCUUGAUCUGGGUAAUCCAAUGUUGAGUAUGCAUAGUAUUAGAGAAUGUGGAGGAGCAUUUGAUGUAGAGCAUGGAAUUCGAUUGUUUGAAAGUUUCUUCAAUCAUUUCUCGGAUUUGGAGGGAAAGAUCUUGGUGGAUUAG